UCGAAUCCCUCUUUGCCUAUAAAAUCAAUCUCCGCAAUGUCGUUUCCUCGGCCCAUCGCUACAGUUCCCCCGCAACACCCAUCAGAUUCUUUGCCGUCCCGAAUCUUGAUUCCCCAUCGGCGGAGCGAGAGGAUCUUCGAGCGCCGGCGGCCAUGGCGGAGAGCCUCGUCCUCCGGCAACCGCCCGUCUCCCUCUCCUCGUUCUCCCGCCGGAGUUCGGCGCGGGCCGCCGGCCUCCGACCUGGGACUCCGGUCGGGGGCGCGUACGCCAAUGCUGCUCGCGCGAGGAGCGUAGCGGCUGAUGCUGUGCGUACUGACGUCGGCAUAAAUUCUUCCCCGAAGGUCGGAUCAUUUAACGAGCUGAUUGAGUCUUUGAUUAGCCGUGAGGAUUUAUCCGAGGCCGACGCCGAGGCGUCGCUGGACUUCCUUUUGGACGACACUAAUGAGGCACUGAUCAGUGCAUUUCUUGUACUGUUGAGAGCCAAAGGAGAGACCUUUGAAGAGGUUGUAGGGUUGGCGAGGGCAAUGAUCAAGCAUGCUAAGAAAGUGGAAGGAUUAGUCGACGUGGUAGAUAUUGUUGGAACAGGGGGCGAUGGUGCCAACACGGUCAACAUAUCAACUGGGGCUUCUAUACUUACUGCAGCUUGCGGUGCUAGAGUUGCGAAGCAAGGGAACCGUUCAAGCUCUUCAGCAUGCGGGAGUGCUGAUGUAUUGGAAGCUUUAGGGGUUGCUAUCGACUUAGAACCUGAGGGGAUCAAGAGAUGUGUGGAGGAAGCAGGAAUUGGUUUUAUGAUGGCUCCAAAAUAUCAUCCAGCCAUGAAGAUUGUUAGUCCUGUGAGGAAGAAGCUGAAAGUGAAAACAGUAUUCAAUGUAUUAGGACCUAUGUUGAAUCCAGCACGGGUACCUUUUGCUGUUGUUGGUGUCUACAAAGAUGACCUAGUUCUAAAAAUGGCAAAAGCACUGCAACGAUUUGGCAUGAAGAGAGCGCUUGUUGUUCAUUCAGAGGGUCUAGAUGAAAUCAGUCCUCUCGGGGCUGGGGUAGUUCUUGACGUCACUCCGGAGAAGAUUGACAGAUUCUCCUUUGAUCCAUUGGACUUUGGCAUUCCUCGGUGUACUCUAGAGGAUUUGAGGGGUGGAGACCCUGCUUACAAUGCGGAAGCCUUGAAGCACGUAUUAUCAGGGGAAAAAGGACCGAUUGCGGAUGCAUUUAUACUAAAUGCAGCAGCUGCUCUCUUAGUUGUGGGCCAAGUACGUACAUUGGCUGAUGGAGUAAAUUUGGCUCGUGAAACUCAACAAUCUGGAAGAGCUUUGCAGACCCUGAGCAAGUGGAUAAACAUCUCCAACAAAUUAAAGGAAGAGCUUUAGAGAGACCCUGAACAAGGGAACGAUCAUCUCCAUCAGUAUAUGAGACUCAAAUCUCGCAGAUGCUAAUGUUAGAGGUUGAUCCUAGUAUUCGCAGUUCAAGAAUAUAAGUAGGCUAAGCAAGCGCAGGAAUUAGACAUUCAUUUUGGCAUGUGAUAAACAUAUAGUAACGACGGUUCUCCUUUGAAAAUUUCUUACAGGAUCAUGUCGAUGUUUAAUGAAGAAAAACAUUGAUCUCCUUUUAUCUAUAAUAAAACAUGACCUGAGUUAUGAGA